AUGAGCCUGCACCAACCGCCCGAGUUCCUGCCGACGCCCGGGAAGCCUACCCUUCCGUGGACGCAGUGGCAUCGCCUUUUCAAGAAUUAUCUCCUGGCAUCGGGGAGCGACGUCCACUCAUCUGCUCGCCGUAAAGCUUUGCUGUUGCGCUGCUUGGGGGUGGAAGGCCAGCGAUUGUACUACGCAUUACCGCAUACAGCGGGAAAAGAAGAAAGCGGCCCGAGCGACGAGUACGAUGCAGCGGUGGCGACGUUGGACGCCUACUUUACUGCUAAAACGAACAUCGUCGUGGAACGGCACCGGUUCGGACAGCGCACCCAACUGCCUGGGGAGACCGCAGCAGCAUUCGUCACGGCACUGCGCGAGUUGGCAUUGUCCUGCAACUUUGGGGAGCAAACUGACGACUUCAUUCGUGACCAGCUUGUAGCGAAAACGAGCAACCAUGUUCUUCGGGAACGCCUACUUCACUGGAAAGAUGUCAGCAGUCGUAGUCUUGGCUCACAGACUCACCAUUACUUGCUGCAAUGCAACCGAAGCUGUAAGGUCUUUUGA